AUGCGGUCGGCGGCCCAGAGACGAAGGAUGUCAACCCAGACAGGUGAGGACAGCGGUGCGGCGGCGGGCGUUGUAGCUUUCGACGACACCCCGGCCGCCAUCAGAGUCGAAACUUGGCUGGACAGAACCAUCCCAGAUGCGGCUACUGAACUAGCCGGCUUCACCGCCCACCAAGCCGACAGAACCGCAAACUUCGAUGUCGUAGAAGAACAUCUUCCUCGUGAUCAGGAAGAAGAGCCACAGCCCCACCACAUUAAAGAGGAAGAAGAUGUACCACAUUCCCAUCGCAUUAUAGAGGGAGGGGAGGAGCCACAACCCCCCCAUAUUACAGAGGAAGACGAGACGCCACAGACCCAUAGUGUUAAACUGUCCCUUCACAUUAAAGGUCAAGCGGCGGACCCACUGGUCUUACACAGCAAAAAUGAAGAGGAGGACCCACUGACCCCUCACUUUAAGGAGCAAGAGAACCCGCUGACCCCUCACAUUAAAGAGGAAAAGGAGGACCCACUGAACCCCUACUUUAAAGAGGAAGAGGAGGACCAAGAGCCGCUGCACAUUAAAGAGGAAGAGGAGGAGCACCGCAUCAGUCAGCCUAAAUGGUUGGAGGAGUUCCCAGUGACUGGUGUCCCUGUGAAGAGUGAAGAUGAUGAGGUCAAAGGUGAAAGUAAGGAGAAGAGAGAGGCGGAGCCUCCAAGCAGCAGCUCAACACAACACAUGACAACAGAAGCUGAUGGAGACCACUGUGGAGGAUCACAAGCAGACAAGAUCUUAGCUCCACUAUCAGAUAGUGAGGACACAACGUCACACUCUCCUGACACUGAUGAUGAACACUCUAAAGAUGAUGCAACAUGUCACACUGACAACACUCACUUCACAUGUUCUCACUGUGACAAAACUUUUAAAUACCAUUGUCGUCUGAAAACACACAUGAGAACACACACUGGAGAAAAACCUUUUAUCUGUUCACUCUGUUGUAAAGGUUUUGUAGAAAGUCGCUAUUUGAAAGUACACAUGAGAAGACACACUGGUGAAAAACCUUUUAUCUGUUCGCUCUGUGGUAAAGGUUUUGUACAAAGUCACAAUUUGAAACUACACAUGAGAACACACACUGCUGAAAAACCUUUUAUCUGUUCACUCUGUGGUAAAGGUUUUGUACAAAGUCACAAUUUGAAAGUACACAUGAGAACACACACUGCUGAGAAACCUUUUAUCUGUUCACUCUGUGGUAAAGGUUUUGUACAAAGUCAGAAUUUGAAAGUACACAUGAGAAGACACACUGCUGAGUAGUGAUGGGUUGAUGAGGCGUCAUGAAGCGUUUCGACACAUCGCAAAACGGUAUUGAUACUGUGUCGAUACUGUGUCACUAAAUACUGACAUCUGCUGGACAUUAAAAAUCCCUACAGGCAACCUAUGGACCGACUCAACUGACACUGAUUGUAUGACCUAGUAUAUACAAUAAUAUAAACCAAGUCAUUGUAUUUCAUUUAGGAUUAUUUCAUAUCUUCAUUU